CGGCGAGGCGAGGCGUCCGGCGCCUCACCGGGCGGUGCUGACUCCAUUUCCCAGGCAGCUUUGCGGCAGAGGCGCUGUCACCGGAAGCGGCGGGCGAGUCGAGUGUCCUUGCGCGCGGAGCCGAGCGACCAUGGUUCCCCGAGUGUGGUCGCUGAUGAGGUUCCUCAUCAAGGGCAGUGUGGCCGGGGGUGCCGUCUACCUGGUGUAUGACCAGGAGUUGCUGGGGCCGAGCGACAAGAGCCAGGCUGUCCUUCAGAAGGCUGAGGAGGUAGUGCCCCCAGCCAUGUACCAGUUCAGCCAGUACGUGUGUGAGCAGACCGGUCUGAAGAUGCCCCAGCUCCCAGCCCCUCCAAAGUUUAACUUUCACAUCCGCGACACCUGGAAUUCAGGCAUCAUUACGGUGAUGUCAGCUCUGUCCGUGGCCCCCUCCAAGGCCUGCGAGUACUCCAAGGAGGGCUGGGAAUAUCUGAAGGAGCGAACCAAGUAGCCUGUCAGAAGAGGCCACCUGCCCCGGUCAGGAACAAGGGCCGGUACACCACAGACCCAGACUCCAGACUGGGACUGGGACCCCACUCCAAGGGCAGCUCCCGGCCUUGCCGGCCCAAUAAAGGACUUUGGAAGUGC